CCAUAUUUAGUUAAGGGGUUAUUGAAUCUCACCUUUCUUAUUUCUCUCUGGAUCUGUUCUUCCCAAUUUCACCAAACCCUAAUUUUCUAAAUCCUCCAAUUUCUAGGGUUAGAAUUCAGGAAUGGAGCAGCAGGACAGCAAGAUGUACAACCUGUUCGUGAAACACUUGGAUGGAAAAACCCUAACCCUCUUAUUUCCCUCUCCGAUCCUCUACGUGAGUUUCAUCAAGGAUCGCCUUUUCGAACUCACUGGAAUUCCCGUGCAGCACCAGCGCCUUGUCACCGGCUUCCGACACCUCAACGACAUAAUCCAAUGCUCCCCGGAAGAUGGCAACAUGUUCCCGUCCGUGCGGCUGCUGCUGCGUCUCAAAGGCGGAAAGGGGGGCUUCGGGUCGCUUCUUCGUGGUGCCGCAACGAAGGCCGGGCAGAAAAAGACCAACAAUUUCGACGCCUGUCGGGACAUGAGUGGUCGGAGGCUGAGGCACGUCAACGCCGAGAAGAGGUUAGAGGAGUGGAAGGCCGGAGAAGAGGAGAGAAGGCUCGAGAAGGUGGCUGAGGAGUUUCUCAAGAAGCAAAUGAAGAAGGGUAAGGGUAAGGGAAAGGCUCAAGGAGAUGGUGAGGCUCACAAAUACGUGGAGAAAUAUCGGGCGGAAUCUGAGCGUUGCGUUGCGGAGGUUGCCUUGUCCGUUAAGGAGGCUCUCACCGCCAAACGCAAGAUCCCUUCACAACCCCACCACGAUGCCAAGAAGUUGAAGAUAUGGAUGGGGAAGAGGAAAUUAAAUGAAAGUGAUAGUGAUUAUAGUGAUGAUUCUGAUGUAGAGGGGGAAAUGGAGAAAUCAGAUUUAUUGAAUGAUCACAACGAGUCUGAUUCAACUAAGGCUGAGGGCAGUCUGGGUUCGGUGGCUGGCGGAGGAGGCGCCUCUGGUUCCGCCUCGUGUGAAAGUGGGUCUGAGGAAGAGAAGGAAACUGUUGUACAAGGAAGCGUGGGAUCUGUUGGGUUGCUGAGUGAUGAAAGUAUUCCGCCCAUGGACGAGCAUGUGAUAAGCAAUGAGGCUUCUGCAAUGCCAAAUGAGUCAGUGGUUGCUGCACUUAUUGUGGAAGAAGAUGGACAUCAGGGUUGCGAUGGAGGUGUGUCUGAUAAGUUUGAUGGUGCUGUAAAUCAGGUCUCAAAUAUUACAGGCUCUGAAACUGUGGCCGCUGGCGACUCUAAUAAUGAUAUGGAAAUUGACGGAUCACUUGAGCAUGAAGCAGCAGUCAAUGAAGAGAGCUCGCCAAGCACUAGUGUUCCCGCAAUGGAUGAGCCCCUUAAUUUUGAUGCCUUUAAUUCCUCUUCCGAACUAGAGGUUCUUGGCUUGGAAAGGUUGAAGUGUGAACUGCAGUCACGUGGGUUAAAAUGUGGAGGUACUUUGCAGGAGCGGGCUGCCAGACUGUUUCUUCUAAAAUCCACUCCUCUGAAUAAACUUCCAAAGAAGCUACUCGCUAAGAAGUAAAGAGUGUUUUGAGAUGGCAGUUCCUUUUCUGUACAGUAUUUCGUAACUAUUUGCACCUUUUACUUAGGUGUCAAAUGUAUCCUCUGACUUUGGGACCUGACUGAUGCAUGCCUUUUUCUGUUCGAUUUAGUGUUUGUCGUGAGCGGUAUUUUACGUACUAAUAAUACCUUUUACCAGCAGUUAAAGGAA